UUACCACCCUGCACUGAAAGUCCAUUGGCUUCUCCUCUCGCCUCCUGUUUAUUCUCCUUCCGGGUAGAGGUACUCGGUAAGUGAUGUUAAUCUAUCUCCCUGUCGCUCGGGAAACGGCGCAGCGUAAUCCUGCACAGGCUUCAACGCGGUGAGGCAUAAAAGCAAACUCCAAGGGGACACUGGCGCGCGUUUAUCUUCGCACUGCGGCUCGUGCAACGCAAAUUUGAAAGCAGCUGCUUUGUGCAUGAGUGCAGAUAGAUCUCAGAUAAGACAGAAUCGCAUUAAUGUGAGCGUAAAUCAUGAGCAAUGGACGGACGUGGUGAGCGUAACUCUCCAAAAGACGCACCGAAUAACACGGAGAUGCUCCUCGCUUUGCUGUCGCACAGCGAAGAGCUACGGAAAGAAAUCCCCGUGUGUGCAGGCUGCAACCAACACAUCGUGGACCGCUUUAUCCUCAAAGUGCUGGAUCGCCACUGGCACAGCAAGUGCCUGAAAUGUAGCGACUGCCAGGCGCAGCUGGCAGAGAAGUGCUUCAGCAGGGGCGACAGCGUCUACUGCAAAGAGGAUUUCUUCAAGAGAUUCGGGACCAAAUGUGCAGCCUGUCAGCAGGGCAUACCGCCCACACAGGUGGUGAGGAGAGCGCAGGACUUCGUCUAUCACCUGCACUGCUUUGCCUGCAUCGUGUGCAAGAGGCAGCUGGCCACUGGGGACGAGUAUUAUCUGAUGGAGGACAGCAGGCUGGUCUGCAAGGCCGACUACGAGACCGCCAAACAGAGAGAAGCAGAUUCGACUGCAAAAAGGCCACGAACAACCAUUACUGCUAAGCAGCUGGAAACGCUGAAGAACGCUUACAAUAACUCUCCCAAACCUGCCCGUCACGUCCGGGAGCAGUUAUCUUCAGAGACAGGCCUUGAUAUGCGGGUUGUGCAGGUUUGGUUUCAGAACAGGCGAGCUAAAGAGAAAAGACUGAAGAAAGACGCCGGUCGGCAGAGGUGGGGGCAGUACUUUCGCAACAUGAAGAGGUCACGUGGAAGCUCCAAAUCCGACAAGGACAGCAUCCAGGAGGAGGGCAUGGACAGUGAUGCCGAGGUGUCCUUUACAGAUGAACCACCCAUGUCAGAGCUUGGCCUCACUAAUGGCAUCUACAGCAGCCUGAGUGAGUCCUCUCCAGCCAUGGGUGGACGCCAAGGGAGCAACAACCACAGCUCCUUCCCCCUAGAGCAUGGCGUGCUGCCUUCUCAAGACCAGUUCCACGACAUCCGCUCCAACAGCCCCUACGGCCUUCCGCAAUCGCCGGGGUCACUUCAGGUGCUACCCAGACACCAGCCUCUAAUCUCCAGCUUGGUCUACCCCGACUCUGGCCUUUCUAUCAUGACCCAGGGCAGCGGGCCCGGGAUCAACCCUCCAGUGAGAGUCUCCAUGGGGGCCGCCAACGGCCCUAGCUCGGACCUGUCCACCGGCAGCAGCGGGGGAUACCCGGACUUUCCUGCCAGUCCUGCCUCCUGGUUAGAUGAAGUGGAUCAUGGGCAGUUUUGAUUGGUCAACGACAAGAAAUUGGACUUUUUUUUUUUUGCUUUGUUUUCUGUGUCUUCUGUUGGAUUUUAGAAACUGGAAAUUAGUCACACAGGACAGUGACUGUGUAAAGGAUUAGACUGCUGUCCUUGGAUCUCACCAAUAUCUGAUCGACUGGUCCUGUUGAUAUCUGUGAUUUGGAUGGAAGGAAGAAGGAAAAUGUCCUUCAUUAAAAGCACUUGGCCUGACAACUGUCCUCCAGUAGUUAAACCAUAUUUAAAGCAAAGAAUCUGUCAAAAAUGUUCAGUUUUCCGAUACCACUAUAAGCUUUUUCAGAACAGUUUAGAGACUACAGGCAGGAAGUUUAGACAUUGAUCAUUUGGAUUUUCACCAACUGUCCCUGUUUAUUCUCUUCAGCUGUGUGUUCAGGUGCAGAACUCAGAACUCAACGUUCGGAAUCUUUAAUUGUCUGGUUGUUGCCAAAUGUCUAUAAUAUAUAUACUAUAUAUAUAUAUACAUAUAUAUAUAUAUAUAUUGGUUUAUCAUUGUGGAGACUUUAUUUUUAUACAAAACCCCUUCCUGGACAUGAGUAAGAACCCAAAUAUGAGGACUUUGUACAUUCUCAAACAGGGAUAUAGGCAAAAAUGUAGAUGUUGUCUUAAUGGUACCUAGGGGUCCAAUUACUUCUAUGCAUUUGUGUGUUCUCAGAUGUAUCUCAUUCGUUUUGUUCUACCGAAAACAACCCCAGAAGGUGAACUGCUUUAGCAUUUGGGGUCUGAUGUGUAUGUUUGUUUAUGUGGAAAAUGUUUUAUGUCUUAUUUAUUCCUUCUGGUAAUGAUAAUGAUGAUGAUGAUUCCUGAUUAAAUGACAGGACUU